GGUGCCUUGCGACUAUGACCUGGGCCCGAUCCUCCUGAUCCGCCUCCAUAAGGACCCUUAUUCUUUCUUCCCGGAGAGCAGCUGGUUCUGCAAUGCUGUCCAAGUGACGUCCCCAGAUGGAGACCUUUAUACUUUCCCCUGUUACUCCUGGAUAGAGGGAUAUUGCACCGUGUCCUUCCGGGAAGGAGCAGCCAAAACCGCUUCGGACGAUGGUCACUAUUUGCAACGGAGACACCGCCGGGAAGAGCUGGUGCAAAAGCACAGCAAAUAUGGGUGGAAGGAAUACCUCCCAGCAAUCCCAUGGUGCGCUGAUAUCGACACUCCCAACUCCAUGGAGUACAACAUUCAGUAUUCUUUCCCCAAAUCUACUGCCUUUUUCGGGCGUGGAACAAUGGCACUUUUUGAGGCCAAAAUGAAAGGCUUCCUGGACAAACCCUUUUCCUGGGGGAAACUCGAGGAUAUCCGCAAGGUCUUCUGGUUCUAUCACACUCCGAUCACAGAAUAUGUGUUUCAGCACUGGAAUGACGAUGAAUUCUUUGGCUACCAGUUUCUUAAUGGGAUCAACCCCAUCAUGAUCCAGAAAUGUGAACGGAUCCCCGAAAAUUUCCCUGUCACCCAAGAUAUGGUGGCUGGGCCUUUGGGAGAACACACCACUCUCAGAGAGGAGCUGAAGAAAGGGACCAUUUACCUAGUGGAUUACAAGAUCCUGGAGGGUCUUCCCACCAACCCGGUGAAUGGCAAAGAGCAAUACGUUGCUGCCCCGCUGUGCUUGCUCCACCAGAAACGGACCGGAGAACUCAUUCCUUUAGCCAUCCAGCUCAGCCAACAUCCAGGACCACUAAGUCCCAUUUUCUUGCCCACCGACGAAGAGUGGAUCUGGACCUUGGCCAAGACGUGGGUGCGCAACUCUGAGUUCCACACCCACGAAGUGAUCGCCCACCUCCUGCGCGGCCACUUGAUGGCCGAAGUCUUCACCGUGGCCACUCUGCGGCAGCUGCCAAUGUGCCACCCGUUGUACAAGCUUCUGAUUCCUCACCUCCGAUAUUCCGUCCAUAUCAAUGUCUUGGCUCGGACCUAUCUCAUCUGCCAGGGAGGGACCUUCGAUCGGGCCAUCGCCAUUGGAAGAAAAGGACUAGCUAUGCUUCUCAAAAAGGGCCUCGAAAACCUGACUUACACCCAUCUUUGCCUUCCUGAUGACAUCGAAGCCCGAGGAGUCACUUCUCUUCACAAUUACUACUACAGGGACGAUGGGUUGAAGAUAUGGGAUGCCAUUGAGAGUUAUGUCUCUGGCAUUGUGGAACUUUACUACCAAAACAACUUAUCAGUCCAAAGGGAUUACGAAUUGCAAGCCUGGAUUUGCGAUAUCUUUACAAAAGGUUUCCUGGCCAGAAGGACUUCAGGUGUCCCUUCCUCCCUCCGCUCGAUCCCAGAACUCAUCAAAUUCCUGACCAUGGCGAUCUUCACGUGCUCUGCUUAUCACGCUGCGGUCAACAGUGGCCAGUUUGAACUGGGGGCUUUCAUGCCCAACCUGCCGUCAUCCAUGCGGAAGCCCCCGCCCCAAAUGAAAGCCCCUGUGACCCUGAACGAGUUCUUGGACAUCAUCCCCGAGAUGAACACCACCAGCCAGGUCCUCUCGGUCCUGUGGGUCUUGAGGAAUGAGGACUUCGACAUGAAAAUGCUAGGAGAAUACGACGAGGAGCACUUUGUGGAAGAGGAGCCAAAGCAGCUCAUCACAGCCUUCCAGCAGCGCUUGGCUCACAUUUCUGAGGAAAUUAAAAGGAGGAAUGCCUCACUGAAAUUGCCUUACACUUACCUCUAUCCACCCAACAUAGAGAACAGCACCACAAUAUAGGACUGGGUUACAGCUCCAAAAAUAUCCCCGCCGGACCCUCUUUGUGGAGCUCAGCAAUCUUAUCCCCAAGAUACAUGGCAAACGCUGUUAAUUUCUGCUUUGUCUCCAUUUUCCUGCAUGCAAAAGGGAGAGACCCGUUGCUCCUAUCGCACUUGGCUUUGGGCCAUUCUGUUCCGGUAAGGGGUUGGACUAGAUGACUUUGGGGUCCCCUUUCAAUGCUCUGAUCUUUGGCACUGUUUAGCAAAGGGAGGGAGUCCAUUUCCAUCCAUGCCCAGAUCCCACUAUAUAAUGUCGCAAACAAUGUCUGAAAUAAAAUAUAUCAUUUUGUUGUUA